UAGCUAGUAACGUUAGCUAGCUAACCUUGGUUCUUGUUAGCUAGGUAACGGGCUAAUAAGGAAUUAUUUUUGCAAUUUUUGUUGGCUAGCUCGUACCUAGCCGGAUAAACUAUCCAGAACUGGGGACCACAAUCCAAAAAGUCAAGGAAAGUCGCUUGUCGUCGAAGAGUUGUUGACUCCUCCGUUCUCGGCUGGGUGUCCCACACACAGACAGUUUACAGUCAAGCCGGGAGUAAAGCACUGCCGCUGCUCGCUACCUGCCUGGUAGCUACCACCACAACGGGCCUUGUUGCUGAGGCGACAAUGCUUGAAAUAAUGUCUGAACACCAAGGUACGUUAAGUGUCAGUUCACAUAGUAAAUUGAUCUAGAGUUGCUUUCUAGAUAGCGGACAUUGUCGGUUUUGUUUAAGCCUCCCACAGUAAAGCAACUGUUGGUUGUUCAUUCGCAAUGUUAGUUGGCUAACGUUAGCUAAUACUUCGCUAUGGUUAACUAACAUCAACUGGCAGCUAGCUAGAUUGACUUAAUCUGCAUCAAACAGUCGACAACGCAAAUUAGCUUGCAGAGUGAUAAACUUUGCGAUUUUAUGCAGUAACGACAACUAGCUAGAUAGCGUAGCUAGCUAACGUUUGCUUGUUAACCAUGCCAUUGAUGUGGCUAAUGUAAAAUAACCGCUGGCAAGCUAACGGUAACUAGCUAGCAAGCCUAACAUUAGUUCUAACAAAAUGGGGCAUAAUGACGGUUGCUUUGCCAGUCAACUAACCUGCAUUCAACAGCUAACUACCAGUGUUUGUUUGUUAGUUAGAUUGCUACAGUAACUAGUAAGUUAACGUUAGUAAGCUAACUACUUAGCUAGCUGUUGCUAGCCAAGUUCAAAAUUCGGGGUUGAGCCGGCUCCUCACGCCAGCCCAGCCGGGCGGUGAGCUGCUAACGCUGGCUCACAAUGCAUGGAUGGCAUGGUUCAAGUUUGUUCGCUAACGUUAUCUAACAUACUGUAGCCAGACAGCUAGUUACAACUCAACAUUUUCACCACCAAGCACCAGUCUUAACUUUGUCUUUGCAUCCCCAGUUAACAGUUAUUGACCCGUUGUGAACAUAUAAAGACAAGGCUGACUAACGGCGUUACUGGCGAGCAGGGCAGGCAUUCACUCGUUUAAGACAACUAGCUAACAUCUAUACAGGCAGUACGUUAUCCAUAACGACUGGCAUUGCAGCACCUUUGCCUGGUUCAGUUUUUCAUUGCAUUAGCAAGCUAACGUUAACUAGUUAUUCCUAUAUUCUUCAUAUUCUCUCGAUACAUCGCUAGGCCGAACACAAAUAGACACAGUGGAGAGAAUGAGGUUAUUAUAACCUGACAAUUGUACUUUGCAGUAAUGUUUAAUUUUUUUAUCCAAAUGACUUUGUGUAGAAAUUUUAAACAGAUUAUAGCUAGUAUAGUAAUUGUUUUUUCCUACACAGAUUCGUUAUUGAAGUGCAAAACGGAGACUCUGGUAAGUAGACUUCCGGUGUGAUGUUCAAUUUCACCUCACCCUAAACCUGUUCACUCUUUUUUGUGUUGUCUGUGUGAGUAAUUAGCUUGGUUCAUCUAUGUGUGGAUCUCAUUAAUGUGUUUGUUUGUUUUAUCUCUUUAGCCUCCAGAGAGGAGAAAGAGGACCGUCGAAGACUUUAACAAGUUCUGCAACUUUGUCUUGGCAUAUGCAGGCUAUAUCCCCAAUCCUAAAGAGGUAGGUUAACUAGGCACACAAUGACAUAAGCCCGUUUCGACUGGCACUUAAAAUUAGGGCCAAAUUCAAGCUGGCUCGAGAGAAACCCGGGCCAGCACAGCCCAGUUUCACAACUGGUGCCAGCUCGAUUAGAAUUCGGGCUGGUGACGCCAUUACUAUGCAACCACCAGCUGAUCACUGGUGGAUGCUGACACCACGUUUAGCUAGUUUGUCUGAGCUUGUUGCUGUUAGCUAGCAUAUGGACAAGCAGUACUGCAGUAGUCAGACAUGACACGAAUUACCACCAUAGCUGGAUCCUUCAUUCACUUUUGCACUACACAAUAAACUUUUACGACAACAGUCAGCCCUCGAAUGCUAGAUACCUAACAUUGGCUAGCCAAUCAGUGGAAACAAGCUAGCUAACGUGAGUUAGCAGGAAUUUUAACUGGCCAGGUCUUAUUGAAAGCUAGCUAUCAAACCUGUCGUCCGGUUUGCUUGGUUAGCUAGCUAAUAGCCAAUGCCAUGGCAAACAAAGUAAGAAUAUAGCUAGCUAGCCUGUUAUGCUAGCAAACGUUAGAAAGCUAAAUACAUGGCUCUGAGUCUGGCUGGCACUGGCAGGAGUAUGGGGUAACCUAAGUUACAGCAUGGUGAGGGUGAAUUAAAUUCUUCAACAUCUUGCUAGCUAGCAACAUUAGUGAAGCCAGCUGCACAGUCACAUAUUGGCUACCUAGGAAUAUGACAUUUCUCAUUUCUGGAGGCAGUGGAAACUCAAUUCGAGCUAGCCCACCAAGGCAAGCCCAACCCGGGUUGACUUCAAAGUGCCAAUAAAAACGGGGCUAUAGAGUAGCAUGGGCAAACCUGUUUUGGUGUUUUUUAUGGUAUAUCAGCACAUUUUUGGACUCAUUCAGCAGUUUUUACCUGAUUUAAGUACAAUACCAUUGGAAAUUAAUGUUGAAAGUUCCAUUUAUAUUCCUAAAACAUACGUUGAAAAUGAUGCUGUCGCUGCUUCCUGUUGACAAUGCAUAUUGAUAAAUAGCCCAAUGUCAAAAUACAGUUUAAGUGUCCAAAUCAAUAACCAAUAUGCAGUAACAGUUUGAUGUAAUGAAAACCUAAAUAUAAAAUGUACUGUGUCCAAAUCAAUAACCAAUAUGCAGUAACAGUUUGAUGUAAUGAAAACCUAAACAUAAAAUGUACUGUCUACGGCUCUGUCGUAGCCGGCCGCGACCAGGAGACCCAUGGGGCGGCGCACAAUUGGCCCAGCGUCGUCCAGGGUAGGGGAGGGAAUUGCCGGCAGGGGAUGUAGCUCAGUUGGUAGAGCAUGGCGUUUGCAACGCCAGGGUUGUGGGUUCGAUAAAAUAAUGUAUGUGCUAACUGUAAGUCGCUCUGGAUAAGAGCGUCUGCUAAAUGACUUAAAUGUAAAUGUGCAACAACAUAUCACUUGUUUUUUUUAAACAAACACCUUGUAAACUGCACAUGCACCAAAAACCCUGUUUUGACAAGUGGCAAUAAAUCACUCAUCGAUUAGGAGGGGGGGGAUAUGCAUUGUUGAAACUACCACUACUCAAAAACCACAUGGAAACAACAUUUUUUACGUAACUGACCACCUGCAGAACAGUCAACUACAUUUUGGAAUGUUGCAUUUUGAUACAAGGGUCACCAAAACCGAAAGAGAAAAGCAACACUGUUUUGUCAAUCACUCAUUGAUUAUCACGUUGAAAUCAAUUCUGUUAAAACUAAAACUGCUAAAAAAACCUAGUGGAAUCACUGGUUAGAGGACAAUUUGUAGAAGACCGCUAGCUACAUUUUAAAGUGUUGCAUUUUUAUUCAAGUGGGUCGCCAACGCGGUAAGUGUAAUGCAACACUUUUUGUUAAUCACUUCCAUCUAUCGCGCUGAAAUCAAUAGAACGGGGCAAACAUUUGGUGUGUAGCGCUGUUUUAAACUAACUAUUCAAAGGCCACACGGAAACUUGGAAUAACCUAAUACAUGGUUGGUUAGAUGAGAACUUCAAAGUAUUCAUACCCCUUAACUUAUUCCACAUUUUGUUGUUACAGCCUGAAUUCAAAAUUGAUUAAAUUAAACAAAUCUCAACCAUCUACACACAAUACCCCAUAAUGACAGUGAAUGCAUGUUUUUAGAAAUGUUUGCAAAUGUAUUGAAAAUGUAAGUCAGAAAUGUCUAAUUUACAUACAGUACCAGUCAAAAGUUUGGACACACCUACUCAUUCAAGGGUUUUUCUUUAUUUUUACUAUUUUCUACAUUGUAGAAUAAUAGUGAAGACAUCAAAACUAUGAAAUAACACAUACAGUGGGGAGAACAAGUAUUUGAUACAUUGCCGAUUUUGCAGGUUUUCCUACUUACAAAGCAUGUAGAGGUCUGUACUUUUUAUCAUAGGUACACUUCAACUGUGAGAGACGGAAUCUAAAAAAUCCAGAAAAUCACAUUGUAUGAUUUUUAAGUAAUUAAUUUGCAUUUUAUUGCAUGACAUAAGUAUUUGAUCACCUACCAACCAGUAAGAAUUCCAGCUCUCACAGACCUGUUAGUUUUUCUUUAAGAAGCCCUCCUGUUCUCCACUCAUUACCUGUAUUAACUGCACCUGUUUGAACUCGUUACCUGUAUAAAAGACACCUGUCCAUACACUCAAUCAAACAGACUCCAACCUCUCCACAAUGGCCAAGACCAGAGAGCUGUGGAAGGACAUAAAGGAUACAAUUGUAGCCCUGCACAAGGCUGGGAUGGGCUACAGGACAAUAGGCAAGCAGCUUGGUGAGAAGACAACAACUGUUGGCGCAAUUAUUAGAAAAUGGAAGAAGUUCAAGAUGACGGUCAAUCACCCUCGGUCUGGGGCUCCAUGCAAGAUCUCACCUCGUUGGGCAUCAAUGAUCAUGAGGAAGGUGAAGGAUCAGUCCAGAAAUACAUAACCUACAUUUGUGUUUUAUUUUUACAUAUUGGUAGCUAGAGUCGUUCAAGGAAUUCGGGACAUGGGUGACUAGUUAACGUUAGUUUUGCUCUCUCUGUGUGUUCGUGCCGUGAAAGGAGGGGUUUCUUCUUUGUCUGAAAGCAAUGGAUAGCUAGUAUGCUAACUAUUCUAGCUAACUAACUGGCUGAAUAAGUUGACGACGGACUCGCUCAAGCUGUCGGGACUAACACACAACGUUAGACACGGACACGAACGAUCUGCUUGGUGUGUUGACACACUGGUGGUUUGUUGUGGCCGAGUAUUGGUGCUAAACCAUGUUGUUGGAGUCCGGCAUGCUAGCUGACUGUGGCGUCUUAUGACUAGGUGCCCUGGACGAUUUUCACGGAAGAAUACUGUACCUAGUUAGCUAGCUGAAUAAACUAAGUUAGUCUAUUCCUAGAAAACAUUGAACCGCUGUAGUUUACAACAAUUAUAGUUUCUGAGGUGGAAGUUGGGAGAGUUAUAUUUGGGUGUUGUGGUGAGGGAGGUCCCGCUCUCUCCUUUCCCAGAUGUUUAGUUCAUUUCAUUCCGAUCUCCUUUGCAUUAUUGUAGCCAUUUUCUGCAGCCUGUCAACUAUGCCUCUGCCUAUCCCUGUUCUCUCCUCUCAGCACAGGCUAUACAAACGCCUCACACCGCGUGGCUGCUGCCUCUCUAACCUGGUGGUCCCUGCACGCACCACCCACGUGGACUUCCAGGUCUCAGGCAGCCUCUGGAACUGCCGUUCUGCUGCCAACAAGGCAGAGUUCAUCUCAGCCUAUGCUACCCUCCAGUCCCUCGACUUCUUGGCGCUGACGGAAACAUGGAUUACCACUGAAAACACUGCUACUCCUACUGCUCUCUCCUCGUCUGACCAUGUGUUCUCGCAUACCCCGAGAGCAUCUGGUCAGCGGGGUGGUGGCACAGGAAUCCUCAUCUCUCCCAAAUGGACAUUCUCUAUUUUUCCCCUGACCCAUCUGUCUAUCUCCUCAUUUGAAUUCCAUCACAGUCACUAGCCCAUUUAAGCUUAAUAUCCUUGUCAUCUAUCGCCCUCCAGGUUCCCUUGGAGAGUUCAUCAAUGAGCUUGACGCCUUGAUAAGUUCCUUUCCUGAGGAUGGCUCACCCCUCACAGUUCUGGGGGACUUCAACCUCCCUACGUCUACCCUUGACUCAUUUCUCUCUGCCUCCUUCUUUCCACUCCUCUCCUCUUUUGACCUCACCCUCUCACCAUCCCCCCCUACUCACAAGGCAGGCAAUACGCUUGACCUCAUCUUUACUAGAUGCUGUUCUUCUACUAAUCUCACUGCAACUCCCCUCCAUGUCUCCGACCACUACUUUGUAUCCUUUUCUCUCUCGCUUUCCUCCAACACUACUCACUCUGCCCCUAUUCAGAUGGUAAUGCACCGUCGCAACCUUCGCUCUCUCUCUCCCGCUACUCUCUCCUCUUCCAUCCUAUCAUCUCUUCCGUCUGCUCAAUCCUUCUCCCUCCAAUCUCCUGAUUCUGCCUCCUCAACCCUCCUCUCCUCCCUUUCUGCAUCCUUUGACUCUAUGUCCCCUAUCCUCCCGGCCGGCUCGGUCCUCCCCUCCAGCUCUGUGGCUUGAUGACUCAUUGCGAGCUCACAGAACAGGGCUCCGGGCAGCCGAGCGGACUCCCUGUGGACCUGGCAUCUUUUCACUCCCUCCUCUCUACAUUUUCUUCAUCUGUUUCUGCUGCUAAGGCCACUUUCUACCACUCUAAAUUCCAAGCAUCUGCCUCUAACCCUAGGAAGCUCUUUGCCACCUUCUCCUCCCUGCUGAAUCCUCCUCCCCCUCCUCCCUCUCUGUGGAUGACUUCGUCAACCAUUUUGAAAAGAAGGUUGACGACAUCCGAUCCUCGUUUGUUAAGUCAAAUGACACUUCUGGUCCUGCUCACACUGCCCUACCCUAUGCUUUGACUUCUUUCUCCCCUCUCUCUCCAGAUAAAAUCUUGCGACUUGUGACGGCCGGCCGCCCAACAACCUGCCCGCUUGACCCUAUCCCCCCCUCUCUUCUCCAGACCAUCUCCGGUGACCUCCUCCCUUACCUCACCUCGCUGAUCAACUCAUCCUUGACCGCUGGCUAUGUCCCUUCCGUCUUCAAGAGAGCGAGAGUUGCACCCCUUCUCAAAAAACCAACACUCGAUCCCUCUGAUGUCAACAACUACAGACCAGUAUCCCUUCUUUCUUUUCUCUCAAACUAUUGAGCGUGCCGUCUUUAGCCAACUCUCUUGCUAUCUCUCUCAGAAUGACGUUCUUGAUCCAAACCAGUCAGGUUUCAAGACUGGUCAUUCAACUGAGACUGCUCUUCUCUGUGUCACGGAGGCUCUCCGCACUGCUAAAGCUAACUCUCUCCUCUGCUCUUGUCCUUCUAGACCUGUCAGCUGCCUUUGAUACUGUGAACCAUCAGAUCCUCCUCACCACCCUCUCCGAGCUGGGCAUCUCCGGCCCGGCUCACUCUUGGAUUGCGUCCUACCUGACCGGUCGUUCCUACCAAGUGGCGUGGCGAGAAGCUGUCUCCGCACCACGUGCUCUCACCACUGGUGUCCCCCAGGGCUCAGUUCUAGGCCCUCUCCUAUUCUCGCUAUACACCAAGUCACUUGGCUCUGUCAUAUCCUCACAUGGCCUCUCCUAUCAUUGCUACGCAGACGACACACAACUAAUCUUCUCCUUUCCCCCUUCUGAUAACCAGGUGGCGAAUCGCAUCUCUGCAUGUCUGGCAGACAUAUCAGUAUGGAUGACGGAUCACCACCUCAAGCUGAACCUUGGCAAGACGGAGCUGCUCUUCCUCCCGGGGAAGGACUGCCCGUUCCAUGAUCUCGCCAUCACGGUUGACAACUCCGUUGUGUCCUCCUCCCAGAGUGCGAAGAGCCUUGGCGUGACCCUGGACAACACCCUGUCGUUCUCCGCUAACAUCAAGGCGGUGACCCGAUCCUGUAGGUUCAUGCUCUACAACAUUCGGAGAGUACGACCCUGCCUUACACAGGAAGCGGCACAGGUCCUAAUCCAGGCACUUGUCAUCUCCCGUCUGGAUUACUGCAACUCGCUGUUGGCUGGGCUCCCUGCCUGUGCCAUUAAACCCCUACAACUCAUCCAGAAUGCCGCAUCCCGUCUGGUGUUCAACCUUCCCAAGUUCUCUCACGUCACCCCGCUCCUCCGCACACUACACUGGCUUCCAGUUGAGGCUCGCAUCUGCUACAAGACCAUGGUGCUUGCCUACGGAGCUGUGCGGGGAACGGCACCUCCGUACCUUCAGGCUCUGAUCAGUCCCUACACCCAAACGAGGGCAUUGCGUUCAUCCACCUCUGGCCUGCUGGCUCCCCUACCUCUGCUGAAGCACAGUUCCCGCUCAGCCCAGUCAAAACUGUUCGCUGCUCUGGCACCCCAAUGGUGGAACAAGCUCCCUCACGACGCCAGGACAGCGGAGUCACUCACCACCUUCCGGAGACAUUUGAAACUCCACCUCUUUAAGGAACACCUGGGAUAGGAUAAAGUAAUCAUUCUAACCCCCCCUUACCCCACCCCCCCCAAAAAAUAAAAAAAAUAAAAAGGUCCCCCUGCUCAAGCCAGCGCAUGUCCAGGCCCGUCUGAAGUUUGCCAAUGACCAUCUGGAUGAUCCAGAGGAGGAAUGGGAGAAGGUCAUGUGGUCUGAUGAGCUUUUUGGUCUAAACUCCACUCGCCGUGUUUGGAGGAAGAAGGAUGAGUACAUCCCCAAGAACACCAUCCCAACCGUGAAGCAUGGAGGUGGAAACAAAAUUCUUUGGGGAUGCUUUUCUGCAAAGGGGACAAGACGACUGCAGCGUAUUGAGGGGAGGAUGGAUGGGGCCAUGUAUCGCGAGAUCUUGGCCAACAACCUCCUUCCAUCAGUAAGAGCAUUGAAGAUGGGUCGUGGCUGGGUCUUCCAGCAUGACAACGACCCGAAACACACAGCCAGGGCAACUAAGGAGUGGCUCCGUAAGAAGCAUUUCAAGGUCCUGGAGUGGCCUAGCCAGUCUCCAGACCUGUACCCAAUAGAACAUCUUUGGAGGGAGCUGAAAGUCCGUAUUGCCCAGCGACAGCCCCGAAACCUGAAGGAUCUGGAGAAGGUCUGUAUGGAGGAGUGGGCCAAAAUCCCUGCUGCAGCGUGUGCAAACCUGGUCAAGACCUACAGGAAACGUAUGAUCUCUGUAAUUGCAAACAAAGGUUUCUGUACCAAAUAUUAAGUUCUGCUUUUCUGAUGUAUCAAAUACUUAUGUCAUGCAAUAAAAUGCAAAUUAAUUACUUAAAAAUCAUACAAUGUGAUUUUCUGGAUUUUUGUUUUAGAUUCCGUCUCGCACAGUUGAAGUGUACCUAUGAUAAAAAUUACAGACCUCUACAUGCUUUGUAAGUAGGAAAACCUGCAAAAUCGGCAGUGUAUCAAAUACUUGUUCUCCCCACUGUAUGGAAUCAUGAAGUAACCAAAAAAGUGUUAAACAAAUCAAAAUAUAUUUUAUAUUUGAGAUUCUUCAAAUAGCCACCCUUUGCCUUGACAGCUUUGCACACUCUUGGCAGCCAUUAAACUAUGUCGCUGUUUUAAAGUCACCAUUGGCCUUAUGGUAAAAUUCCUGAGCGGUUUCUUUCCUCUCAGGCAACUGAGUUAGGAAGGACGCCUGUAUCUUUGUAGGGACUGGGUGUAUUGAUACACCAUCCAAACUGUAAAUUAAUAACGUCACCAUGCUCAAAGGGAUAUUCAAUGUCAGCUUUUUUAUUUGUAUUUUUUAACCCAUCUACCUUUGCGAGGCCCUCGUCUCGUAGUUUAAUCCAUUUUGAAAUUCACUGCUCGACUGAGGGACCUUACAGAUAAUUGUAUAUGUGGGGUACAGAGAUGAGGUAGUCAUUAAAAAAUGAUGUUAAACAACUUGUGACUUGUUAAGCAAAUGUUUACUCCUGAACUUAUUUAGGCUUGCCAAAACAAAGGGGUUAAAAUACUUAUUGACUCAUGGCGUUUCAGAUUUUCAUUUUAAAUUAAUUUGUAAAAAAAAUUCCAAUAACAUAAUUACACUUUGGCAUUAUGGGUUGUUGUGUGUAGGCCAGUGACCAAAAAAUCUCAAUUUAAUCCAUUUUAAAUUCAGGCUGUAACACAACAAAAUGUGGAAAAAGUCAAGGGGUGUGAAUACUUUCUGAAGGUACAUUCUUUAUUCUUCAGAGUAAGAUGUUGGGGGAAGGGGGGUGCUAAACUGACAUAUGGAAUUGUUUUAAGAUGGUCAUACUAUGGAUCAUUUAGCAAUUUGAUUUUGAAUAUUAGGACCCCUUUAACUAUAAAAUAUAGAUUUUGGCCUUUACUGCUAAAGCCCAUCGAAACACAUUGAAAACACAUUCAACAGAAGUUUACACAUUGAUGGUACCGACUUCAGACAAGUCUCCUGACACUUGUGGGGGUCGUAGAGCAAAACGGAGAACACCAUCGUGUUCGUGAGAGUCUCCCCUUUCCAUAGAUUAAUAGUAAUAACGCUACAGACGUUUAUGUGAGAUGACCGAUUUUUGGGAUCUCUCAUGGUCUGACGAACACAGCUCUAGCUCUGCCACCUUUCACCGCAGAUGCGGAAGUGUGACACUGGCAGAUGCGGUGGAUUGAGACUAAUCCCAUGCAAAAAAAACUCUAGCUUAAACAGACAUCUUUUUUUUACGUAACAUAGAUUGACGCACCGGUGCAUCAAUCAACUCUAGGGGUUUAAAUGACAUUUACGACCCUAUGCAUCAAGUAUUGAUUGUCCUAUACGUUUUUUUCCUCAUUGUUCUUUCUCUACACCUGUGGCUGUGUAGGAAGGUCCGUGGUCGCCAGCGUCCUCCAGCUCCCCACACAGCUCAGGGGCAUCGGGGGAAAGUGGCGGUGGAGGUGGCGGCAGCUCUUUGGGGGCCAGCUGGGGAGACGGCGGCAAUGACCUGCACACCAUCCACACGUUUGUCCACAAGGCCCGCGCCAACAAGGGCAAGAGCAUGCGCCGCAUGCACUCGGACAGCUCCCUGCUGGACAAGAUGCGUCUGAAAGACUCUUUGUACGACAGCCAGACUGCCAGCAAGGCAGAGCGCAAGAAGGACAAAAAGCUCAAAAAGUUGUCGAUGGGUUCCGCUAUUGUCGGUGCGGCCGACAGCGGGAGCAGUGGCGGUGAGAAGAGGGCCCGCAUCAAGCGCAGCAAAAACCCCAAGCAGCCCAAAGCCCUCAAGAAGCUUAAGAGCUCGGCCACUCAAAGCGAGACAGACUCUGAGACCGGUCACGCCCACCCCGGGGAGCGCUCGGUCCGAGAGGACCUGACAGGGCACAGUGUCUCCUCCCCAGGAAUGCAGGGGCUGGCCAAGAUGCAGGCAGGAAUGGUGUCCAACCGUGAGGCAGAGAUGAGUUCGAGUGAAGGCGAGACAUGGAUAGCCGACGAGGACAUCAUGGUGGAGUCAGGUAAGCGAUUUCAUACUGACCACACUGUGGACAAGAAAGCAAUUUUUUUUGCUGUAAAUGUGGGUGCCCUGUUAUUUCCACAAAUAAAAGUUGCAUCACUUCAGCUUUUCUAAGUGUACGGCUGCUGUUUCCUGGUAAUAUGCUUUGCUGCUUGGCUUACAAUGGAUCGAUAUUAGUGCACUGACCUGUUCCCUGAGGUCUAAACCAGAGGCUCAUAGCAGGUUUGCUUUCCUUGGGCAUAAAUAAGGGAAAAUGUGGUAUUUAAUUUGAAUCUGCUUGGUAACAAUAGGUACUUUAUUGCAUUCGUUACGAGUCACUGGGGAAUAAUUAAUGGGUAAUAAUUAUGUAAUUCUGGUGUUUCCAUGUAGUUCCUUAGUAAACACCAAGUAAUUAGGGGGCCAUAUAAAUAAAACCUCCGCAAACAAAACAAACAGUUGAAGAGCCUCUUCUUUUUGAAAACCUUUGCCCCUGUAAGGUGCCCACUGAACCCAUCCCUGCUUGUCCCACUAUGAGAUGCCCCCUCUUACCUCUCUCUUCUCCCUCCUUCACCGCACAGGUGACGACUCUUGGGACUUGAUCACCUGUUACUGCGGCAAGCCAUUUGCGGGGAGACCCAUGAUCGAGUGCAACCAGUGCGGAGUGUGGGUCCAUCUGUCAUGCGCCAAGAUCAAGAAGUCCAACGUCCCUGACAUAUUUUACUGCCACAAGUGCAGGGACACUCGACGGUCUGGGCAAAAGAAAGACCCCUAA